AGUAUAAAAAGGAGGUAUCUUUCCAUUUCCGGAAACAAAUUUAACUCAUCGAGGCCCGUUUAGAAAUUUGAAAUCGCUCUUCUGGUCCCUGUUUCUUGCGUUCUUGCCGAGUCAGUCGACGGAAUUUGGGAAAAUUCCGAUCCGGGUUUUGCGUUUCCGUGCUGUUUGAUUGGAUAAAAAAAGGUGAUUCCAAUGGCUGCGAGCGAUGUACAAGCUAACAUUCUCGAGAGCAAGAGCGUGGUUCCACUCAACACAUGGGUUCUGAUAUCGAACUUUAAGGUGGCUUACAAGAUCAUACGCCGCCCCGAUGGAACCUUCAACCGUUACUUGGCAGAGUUUCUCGACCGUAGGGCCUCGGCAAACGCGAAUCCAGUUGACGGGGUCUUCUCGUUUGAUGUCGUCGUUGAUCGAGAGACUUGUGUUAUCACUCGGGUUUACAGGCCGUUCAAAGGAGGGGAGCGGGUGCCGCUGAGUAUAGUUGAUCUCAUGAAACCUGUUGAAGACCAGGUUAUGCCCGUUAUCGUCUUCUUCCAUGGCGGAAGCUUUGCUCAUUCCUCGGUGAAUAGCACUAUAUACGAUGUCUUCUGCCGUAGGAUUGUUAAUGUGUGCCGUUGCAUCGUUAUCUCUGUGGAUUAUCGCCGUACACCUGAGAAUCCAUACCCAUGCGCUUAUGAAGACGGGUUUGCUGCUCUGAAAUGGGUCAAUACAAGAUCUUGGCUUAAGAGCAAGAAAGACUCAAAGGUCCAUACUUUCUUGGCCGGUGAUAGUUCUGGAGGUAACAUGGUGCAUAACGUGGCAUUAAUGGCUGCAGAUGCGGGGAUCGAAGUGAUGGGAAACAUUCUGCUGAACCCUAUGUUUGGUGGGAAAGAAAGAACCAAAUCUGAGAAACUGUUGGAUGGGAAGUACUUUGUCGCCAUUAAAGACAGGGACUGGUACUGGAGGGCGUUUCUUCCCGAGGGAGAAGACAGAGACCAUCCUGCCUGCAACCCAUUCGGCCCGAGGGGAAGGAGCCUCGAGGGCAUGAAGAAUUUCCCAAAGACUUUUGUCACGGUCUCGGGGUUGGACAUGAUCAAAGAUUGGCAGUUGGCUUACGUCGAAGGACUGAAAAAGGCUGGCCAAGAAGUGAAGCUUCUGUAUCUGGAGCGAGCUACCAUCGGUUUCUACCUCUUACCAAACAACAGCCAUUUCUUCAACUUCAUGAACGAGAUAAAAGCGUUUGUGAACGCCGAUCGCCAGUAAACGCUUACAGCGUCUGCGUUCUCUCCCUGGUUGUCAAGACAGUCGUUUUCGAUAGUUGUGUCUCGGCGUCUACUUACGGCUUUUGAUAAGGUGAUCCCGUUGUUGCAACCGCCAACGCUGGCUUCUUGAGUAUAAGGAGAAGACAGCGACAGCGUUUCUUGGGUUAUGUUUGGGGUUUUAGCUUUAGCGUUUUAGUACUAAGCCGGUUUUUCACUCUAGUUUACUUCCGGUCAUGCUGCUGUACGAUACGUUCGUAUACGUAUCAAUAUACACACACACAUACACACACCACAUAUAAAAUAUCAUGAUAUGUAGAACCACGAAAUGGGUUACCGUUUGUUGUGUCGGAAUAAAUGUAGGGUUUGCGGUUGCUUAAUGCGCAAGUUAUCUUUU